AUGUUAAGUCCUAAAAAUAAUCCCGUAAAUGAAGACUAUGGGUGUGUAGAUUGGGAUAAUUUAGAAAUUCAAAGAAUUGAAGCUGCGAAUAUUGAAAUUUUAAUCGAUGUAUGUAUGAGUAUACUGAUGUUGAUGAGUUUGAAGCUUCUUGGACGCUCAAUGAUAUCUAUAAUUAAAGAAAAAGAGACUAAGGUGCCUACUUGGUUCGUGAUUGUGCUUCAUGGUGUUUUUCAUAAUGAAUUUCAUGUGCUUCGUGUUAGCAAUGAUUUCUUCUCGUGUAGUUGCAUGAUGUUCGAGAGUAAAGGAUUCAUAUGUUCUCAUAUUUUGAGGGUAUUCAAGUUUUUUGAUAUAUUAGAGCUUCCCGAUAAGUUCAUAUUAAGUCGGUGGGAACGAAAAACAAAGAGAUUUGAUCAUUCAAAAUCCAAGGAUAUUGGUCAUAAUUUCAUGGAAUGGAACGGGAGAUGCAUUCAUUGUUUUUGA